AGUGUUGUUGAGGAUCGAUACACUUUUCAAUGGGAAAUUACCUCACUACAGCGGAGCGAUGCAAAUACUGUUUGGGAAGGCGACCAAAACAGCGUAAUGGCUUUGGCUUAUUGAAGGCGACAAGGCAGGACUAUAAACACACGGAGGAGUUUUUGACUGCCAGCAGUACCCCAGUACUCGAACCAAGUGUUAUCGUAUGUGAGGCAGAGGUUCGAUCCCCGGUCCCGACAACUUCACGUAUAUCACCUUUGCAUAGCGAGUCAGAAGUCGUGAAUCUUUCUAGUGAGGACUGGCAUAGUGCGACUAGCCCUUCCAAUGAUUUUGGAGACCUCGAUGAACCGUCCAUCGUGUCGCCGAUCCCAAUACAACAGUCUACAUCGACUGUAGAUGAGAGCUUAGCAGUAUCACCUGAGGUUGUUGGUGCGGAUCAACGGGAGAGUACUGACGAUCCUGAGAAUACUCCUACGAAGAUUCUGCCUCAUCCUGCUAGUCCAUCACACAGUCAUGGACAUAUGUCGAGUACCAUCACUCCUGUCAGUCGAUCGGUAUUGUACAGGGGAUCGGAGGCAACAUCGUUGAUAACGUCAGAGUAUUCUCUGUCUUCAUCAGCAGCUGCCUACUUUUCAUCAGAGCGCGGCCUCAUCAUGUCAUCUCAGCAGGCGAUAAAGGGCUGGAUACAGAGGAAUAAGGGGGGGUACUGGGAUAGGUGGAAAUGGUGCUUUGCUGUUCUGGUUGUUGAUGAUGGCUGCACUAGAUUGAGCCUAUGGCGAACUGAUAGGGACUUUGAGGAUCGAUUAGUGAAUGCCUUGUCAAGCUGCAUGCCCUUUGACUCGUACACCUUUGGAGGACGUUGUGGCAAACACGUUGUAUGCGAGUCUGACUGGGGUCGAGUACUGGUUGUAUUCGAUCAUGAAGGCAACUGCUGUGUGAAGCUACGAUGCAAAGAGCCGAAGUCCUCACCUUAUAACAUAACUAGAUGGUUCGACAUGAUCACAACGACGACGCCCAUUGUCUGAUGCUGCUG